CUGAUUUCUCUGCGAAUGAGAGAGGAACAGACGAGAUGCCAAAAACUCCAGCAAGAAGCAUUAUUGGGACCUUCGGAAAACUCACGUUUUGAAUAACGGAGAGAAAGGGGGAAGACUUGAAGCUUACGAGGAGGCAUCAGAAGCUGCGUACUUUUUCUUCAUGAACUUUCACGAGCGCUGUGACCAUGCAGCCUGUGAGCUAGUGCACGAUUAUUGUUUCCACUUAUCGCCCAACUGAGUGAUCAGUUUGAGAGAGGAAGACUAUAAAAAGGGAAAGAAAGACUAAUAAAGACAGUUGUCUUUGAAAGUAAUGGUCCGAACAUAUUACUUAUAGAACAGGAUUUUUUUUCCCCCCUUUGUGUUGUUCUUCUCAACGUUUUGGGGAUCGCUGGGACAUUUCAACAAAGCUGGAAGCGACAGAUCCACAUGGUCCAGUCCGUAGAGUGAAAGUAGAGUUUUUCAGAAAAUCCUAACAGGUGCCACGUGAUGAUGGUAGAAUCAGCAACUGAGACCAUUCGAACAACACCCUCCAAUCAAAAUGGAGUCAGCAGCCUAAGCAGCCAGUCAGACGGCGGAGGAAGAGAGGGCGGGUCCAACGGCGACACCAAUGGGGAGAUUAGCCCUGUGGAUUUACUGCACCUUCAGCAGCAGCAGGCCCUCCAGGCAGCACGCCAGUUCAUCCUCCAGCAAGCCACUGGACUAAACUCCCCUAGCAGCAACGAGGUCAAACAAAGCCCUGUACAGGUGCCUGUAUCCAUGGCGAUGAUGACCCCACAGAUGAUAACUCCUCAGCAGAUGCAGCAAAUCCUCUCUCCGCCUCAACUCCAAGCUUUACUCCAACAGCAACAAGCCAUUAUGCUGCAACAGCUGCAAGAGUACUACAAGAAGCAACAGGAGCAGUUGCACCUCCAGCUCUUAACCCAGCAGCAGCAGCAAGCAGGGAAGCAGGCCAAAGAGCAGCAACAGUUGGGGAAUAAACAGCUGGCUUUCCAGCAGCAGUUGAUUCAGAUGCAACAACUACAACAGCAACACAUUCUGAAUCUACAAAGACAGGGCCUGGUAAACCUACAGCCAGGCCAAGGAGCAGUACCCAUUCAGAGCCUGCAGCAAGCCAUGUUUCCCACUGACCUGCAGCAGUUAUGGAAGGAUGUGGCUGGUGUUCAGUGCACAGAGGAGGCCAUAAAACACGAGGGUCUCGAUUUGACCACCAACAGCUCCAACUCUACCUCAUACUCGGCCUCCAAGGCCUCACCUCAGAUCCUUCAUCAUUCUUUGCCAAAUGGACACAACUCUGUGCACACUCCAAAGAGAGACAGAGCAAGACUCUUCGAGUGGAUCUCAUCCUUCACCAAGGAAUCCAGCGAUGAGCAUCUCACACCUUACUCAAAAGGCCCUCACCUGCAGAGCACCCAUUCUACCCAUGAGGAACACACAGCCUCCCACCCGCUCUACGGACAUGGCGAGUGCAAGUGGCCUGGCUGCGAAGCACUCUGCGAGGACAUGGGCCAGUUCAUCAAGCACCUGAAUAGUGAGCACGCCCUGGAUGAUCGCAGUACGGCACAGUGCAGGGUUCAGAUGCAGGUCGUUCAACAGCUGGAGAUACAGCUGGCCAAAGAGAGCGAGCGUCUGCAGGCCAUGAUGGCCCACCUGCACAUGCGUCCAUCAGAGCCAAAGCCUUUCAACCAACCUCUGAACCUGGCCUCCAGUGUGUCCCUGUCAAAAGAGAGCGAGGGGUUUCCUGAGGGCUUGCCCCACCCCCCCACUUCUGCCGCCACCCCCAUCACCCCCAUGAGACAGGGACCCUCUGUCAUCAGCUCCUCCAGCCUACAUGGAGUCGGACCCAUCCGCAGGCGCAACUCCGACAAGUUCUGCACCCCUAUCGCAUCAGAACUCGCACAGAAUUGUGAAUUCUACAAAAAUGCUGAUGUCAGGCCUCCAUUCACCUAUGCCUCCCUCAUACGGCACGCCAUUCUGGAAGCCCCUGACCGACAGCUGACUCUAAACGAGAUCUAUAACUGGUUUACACGAAUGUUCGCCUAUUUCAGGAGAAACACAGCAACAUGGAAGAAUGCUGUGCGCCAUAACUUGAGUCUGCACAAGUGCUUUGUGCGGGUGGAGAACGUCAAGGGUGCAGUUUGGACCGUGGACGAAUUGGAAUACCAAAAGAGGAGACCACCAAAGAUGACCGGAAGUCCAACUCUUGUGAAGAAUAUGAUUUCUGGACUGGGAUUUGGCUCCCUGAAUGCCAGCUAUCAGGCUGCACUUGCAGAGAGCAGUCUUGGUCUUCUGAACAGUCCCUCUCUGAUGAGCAACAGCACAUGUGCGAGCCUCAACAUGCUACAUGUCGGCCAUGAUGAUGUCAGCAGCACAGUUGAACAGGUCAACAGUAACGGCAGCUGCAGCCCUGGCCUCUCUCCACAGCAGUAUGGACAUCAGGUCCAUGUGAAAGAGGAGCCAGCUGAGAUGGAGGAGGACAACAGACCAAUGUCCCUCAUGGCGUCUGUCACUCAAAACCUUGGAAUGCCCUGUGACGAGCGUGACAUGGACGAGGAGCUUCCCACAGAGGAGCUGGAGUAAGAGGAAGAAAAAUUAUGGAGGCGGAGCUCAGUGGCCCAGCCCCUCCCUCAUAUUCAAAGUGUUCAAGUGAGAAAAACAAAGAUAAUAAAACAACUACAACUUUAAAAACCAAAACAGGGUUAGACCUCAUCAGUGCAUAAUGCAAAAACACACAACAUGCUUUUUCUCCUUAGAUCUUUAUGUUUCCCAAGUCAGUUCCCCCAAAAAGGCCCUUUGAUGCUCAGAGCAAAUAUGAUAGAAGUAUGGACUACAAUAUCUAAAGCUACUAAGGGAAACCUGACAAGUUACAACUUCAGCAUUUAUUCUUUUUUUCUUUUUUCAGAAGUCACCUGAGAAUUCUCUAUUUGAAGUCUUUUUAGCUUUAAUUUUGACGUUCUUUGCACCUGAGAACACUGCUUUUCUAUGGGAUAAACACACAGCAGUGAUUUACCUCAGAAAGAAAUUCACAUGUCUGAAAAAAGAGGGAAAAGAUGACAAACACAUCUUUAGAAUGACUUAAGCUCUCAGAUUUUUGUAUUCAUUCAAGGGGAUGCUGCAAGACUUCACCACUUUUGACAAAAGCAAAGACUGAAACACAACAAGCUGAAAGACUGGCAAAGUUGUCCCUGGCCACCUGACCAAUUUAGACUCACUCCACCCCCCAAUCCCAUUCAUGAGUGGACUAGAUAAACCGGGGAAAGCGUUCUGUCUUGGGGCAGUUUAACCUCUCUGAUCAGACAGUGGCUGCCUGCGCUGUACUUACUGUUAUCUGAUGGUAUCGUUAUCUGUUCUUUUGUCAAACUCAAAGUAGUAAUGUUGCUACCCCCAAAAAAAGGCAUAUUUCAGGAAAAGGAACUUUGCUGUUGUUCUCCUGUGGUGCUGUUAUGACAGCCAGACUGAUUAUGAGGCAUGUGGAGGACCGGCUCAGAGACUUUUAAUGACUGUAUUGUUGAUUAUAAUAUGUGUGCAGUAGCUUUCGAUUUCUCUUUCAAUUUUGUUUUACUUUCAUACUCAUUUAUUUCUAAAGGAUCAAUGUUUUUCAUUGUGAUGUAAUUCAGCUAUUAUAUGUCUUCUGUUAUUGUUUGUUUUUAUUUUUUAAACAGUCUCUCAUCAUUCCAAAAAGGGGUUACAUUUGGGAGAGAAGUUCCAAAAUCCUUAUACUACAAACUCCACCACAACAAUACUUCAAAACUUAUCACAGGUAGUUGAGGAUAGUACUUACCGUUAAGUGAUAGAUACCGAAACAAACAGCAAACUAAACCACAGAUUAAAUCUAACCAAGGUGGCAAACCACUUAAACAUUUCUAAAGCGGAAGGAAGCUAAAACUAAAGAGACAGAGGUUGAAUACACAGUGCAGAGCUCCCUGUAAGAUCCUGGAAAAAACUUUACAGGCACUCGUAUCUCUUAUAUAUAUAUAUAAAUUUGCUUCAUUUAUUUUAAAAUAUUUUUGCCCAAAUUUGCGCCAUUUAUUAGUUAAUUUCAGAAUUUUCUGUAAGAGCCAAUUGAUAUCAGCUGCCAUACAAAAUAUUACUUUAACAUAAAUGAUAACACAGUCACAGAAUACCUCAAACCACAGUGUUUGCCCCUCACUGUUAUUACAAAGGGGAUUUGUACUGUGGCUAACCAACAUGGUGACUCUCAUUAUCAGUUCAAAUUUCUAUAGUUAUUAGAUAUAUAGAAAGUUAUUUACAGUUCACUGUGUGAGUGGAAAGUGUCUAAUUAGCAUGUGAGAUUCAACUUUCAAUGAACUUUAAAAAAGAAAACUUCUCAGUAGUGCCAUGCCAAAUUCCACGUUAUAAUUUAAUAUAUGUUGCUGUUUUAGUUUUCCCUAUUUUACUUUUGUUACAGGUAACCAAAGAGAUAUUUAGUAAACCAAAAAACUCUUUUUUUAUUUAUCAUUUCUUCUUCCUAAGAAACUGGCCAAAAGAACACAAACACGUCAUUUAUAUAUAUAUUUUUUCUCUUUUGCAUUUUUAGUUGAAUUGUUUGUUUUUACGUACACUACAGAGCAUUCCAAAAACCAAAGUGUAAAGCGCAAAUGCUUUUUCCUUCUUUUUUUUCCAAAAAAAAAGGAGAGAACAGUUUAAAUAUACGUUAACCUAAUGAGUUUUAACACUACAUUGAAGGCCAAAAAACACAAACUAAAAAGGAAGCAAAAAAGCAGUAUUAACAAGCCUCUUCUAGUUCCUUAGUCAAUGUACAAAGCACUUAUGAUCUGAGGAAGAAAGCUCUCUACCCCAUCUUGUGCUCAGGCGAUUACAGUGUUCAGAUCGCAGUCUUAGAGAAGAUUGCAAAGGACUUUACAUGCAAAAGGCACUAAUAACAGUGAUGUACUUUUAUGUGACACUAGAAGCCAGCAGCAGUUACUCAGCAUUACAUGUGUACAUUAAAAGUGGUUUAGUUAAAUAGAAUUAUUCUCACCAGUAUUUUAAAAUAAAACACAGUUUAAGGAAUACCAAAAAGAGCAGGCGAGCAUUUCCUCGAAUAACCAUUACUUGUCGUUUAGCUUACCCAGCCUCUUGAACAGUAUUAUUUACCUGACGAAUAAGGGAUGGCUUGUUUUCAAAAUUAAAAAGACUCAUUUAAGGACUGUUCUAAUAAUCGUUUUCUACUGGAGGAUCUAUUUCAACAUUAGUUUUUUUGGUCAAAAAGAUUUUAUUUUUAAGUGAGGUCUGAUGUACCUGGUCACAGAAGAGAUGUGUAUGUGCAUUUCAUACACUCAAAACACCUUCAAAGAAAGAAAACCAAAAAUAACGCUACCUCCUUUUAAAAACAGUUCACAAAAUAUAUAGGCCUAUGAAAGUCACCUAUAGUCAUGCAAAAGGUGUAAAUCCCAUGUAGUUCUUCAUUAAUCCACAAAAUAACGUUGGAAAACCAAAAUGUAAUUAUUGUUGCAUAGCUGUGAAUAGAGUCUGGCUAUUACGAUUCCUAAUUCAUUAGCAUGAAUGGAAACAAAUAAACGAGACACAAUAUAAAAAUUAAAAAGAUGACUACCUCUCCUCCCCCUCCUGAAACAAAUGCCGAGUCCUGUUAAGUAUGAAGCAUUAAGUGGUCAACAUAUUUAAAAGGGUCUACUCCAAAUCGCAUAUUCCCUACUUUAAGUGAUCUAUUAGCAUAGUGUCUAUGUGCAGGUCCUCUGUGCGGAGGUUUAAUUGUGUGUUCUAAUUCCGUAUGCGUAAUGAGAGGACAGGCCAAUGAGAGCCAUCGAGCUGGCCGGUCAUUAGAGCAUACUCAAUGGGUCAGUCAGUUGGGUGUCAGAAAUGAUGAUAGGCAGAAUGCAUUAACGCAGGCCACUCUCGCAUGGACCCCGCUUCCCAAUUAAUGUGACAUGUAGCUUCGUUGACGGCUGUGGAAAAAGAGCACGAACACACACACAUAUACAGAGUGGUUCAUCACGCUCAUGGUAGCGGUUACUCUGGUAAAAUGGGCCUUUAUUUGUACCACAGACCACUCUAACAGACUUGGCUGCAGUGAAAGCACUACAUGCCAGCAGAUGAAACCAAAAUAUCCAAAGAGAAACAUCGUCGUGCUACAACAAGAACUGAGAAUUGCAAAGGAAUUCAAAAACUCACUAAUGAAUUGCUGCAUUCACUAAAUGGACUACAAUUGUGCUUUAAGGUACACAUGUAAACAAAGCUGUUUUGUAUGAUGUAGUCUGAAAUACAUCAGUGGUAUUAGUGAUUGCCAUGACUCCAUUACUUUUACAGACCUGUUGUAACGAUGUAUUGUUGUAUAUUACCGCUUGGCUUAGCUCUAAAGGGCAUUCCCUCCUUUUUGUGUUUUAUUUACUUUUUCUACUUUUUUCCCCUUUGAGAUUUACUUUCUGCACCUGUUUAGCUAUUGUAAAGUUUUGAGCUCAGAAUUUCUAUACUGUAUUGCUUAUGCUAAAGUGUAUGUAUUUAUCAUAUAAUGUGCUGCAGGUAUCAUGGUUAUUAUUUUUUAUUUUAUUUUUCUCAUUUUGUUUGCUUCUUUUUGGUUUUGUUUUUGCUUUACCAGUCUUUCUGUCAUAUGUCUGGGACGAUGAUUCUUUUUAAAUGUGUAUUAUCGCUCGGAAAAAUUCGAAAAAGAAAAAAAAAGAAAAGAUUAAGAGUUAGAUAAGUGGUUUAGGUAACACACCUGUUUGUAUAUUUAUCUUAGCUAGGUCUAUUUUGAUACUUUUUGUCUCUCUAGUGCAUUUAUGCAUUUUUAAGGAAAAAAGAGAGAAAACAAACUAAAAAGUUGAACUUAUUGUGUUAUGAUACCUCAGAAGGACUUUUCUCAAAAGACAGGACCAAAUCUUCAGAAAAAGAAAAAAAAAGUGAAAGAGAAAAAAUUGAAGAAAAAAUAUGUAGCCCUAUGUCGCUUAUAAGAAAGAGCAGCUUUAAGGUUUUUUUGUUUUCAUAUGGCCCGUUUAGGUGCCAGUAUAUGUACAGACUCCCUUUAAGUCACAUCAUUCUUUUAUUUACCAUUAGCACUCAAAGUUGUGUCUCAUAAGGCAAAGGUGCUCUACAUUUGUAUACAAAGCUGAAGUUUCAGCUUUUAUGCCCUGAAAUGGCCCAAACCCCAGCUAAGUGCUUGGAUUGGCUGUCUUAAGCAAAACUGGCAAUGCUGUAUUUAGUAUUAUGCUCAUAGAGAGUGUCUUCCUUAUUUUCACUGACGUCCACUGUCUCCCAAACGCCGCUGUAGUUCCACUCUCGUAGCACUAAAAAAAAUGGGACCAUGCUUUCUCCAACAGACUUCACACAAACACAUGGAGGUAGACAGAAGUCAUAAAGACAUUUUCAACCACUGUGUAAAUUAUAAUUUCCGUUUCAUAAAUAGCACCAAUCGCUGUGAACUUGGUGAGGCUUUUCUGCAGUAGCAUACCAAAUACAAAUUUGAAAAGGCUUUUUAGAAAUGCAGAUCAACUUCAGCCAACACCAAAAGGGGGUUUGUAACUAAACAAAUGUGUGAUGAAGUUGACAGAGCAGUAUUUUAUGUCUAAAAUACAGUUAUCCACACUACCACCCUUAUGCUGGUUCAAGGCCUUUGAUAGGCUCAGAGCUCCAUUGCCUGGUGAUGAAUAGCUUUGAGCUGCUGGUCUCUAGGAAAAGGACCCCUGCAGGGGAGCUUUGCCUGAUGGUCAAUCAAAUGGAACUACCACUCAGCUCUCCUCUCAUUGUAUUUUUACGAAUGUGUGUACAUUUUCAGCAGUGACUUCUAUGUACUUAGUUUUCAUUUUAAUUUGUUUGCUUCUCUUUUAAUUGUUUUUUUUUUUUUUACAUUUGUUUUGCUUUUUCCAAUGAGACUUGGGGGGGGAAGGAUAGGUGGUGGCUUUGAGUGGUAUAGAAAUUGUAAAAAAGGCAUCUAUCCAUCCACCUUUGUUCAUUCUAAACCCGGUAACCAUGUUUAUGCCAGUCACUGCCGUUUUUCUUCAUGCUGUAUAAAAAAAAACACAUAUAUCUGUGUAUUUGUAACCUGAAUCUUCUUGUGUCUGUCCAUGCAGACAAUAAAAAAACUGUACAGUAGGUCUAGUUGCAUGUAAUCUGUACUAAUUAUUGACAAUGGCAUUAUAAAAUGCAAUAAAAAUACUCAUUACA